AUGGCGAUGAAGCUGGAGACAGCCCAUAUGGAGCUGGAGGGGGCUGUGAACCAGCGGGAAGCUGCUAAGGAGGUCCUGGCCAAGGAAGUUGCUCGGAUCAAGGCUGACCAUGAGGAGGAUAUUCAGAUUCAAGCUCAGCACGAGGAAGCUUUGUCCAGGAAGGACGUGACCAUAAGAAGUUGGAUACAAGCACUAAAGCUUAGUACAAGUGUUAUUUACAGAAAGUUAGUAAAUAUUUUCAUUAUAUUAACUGGUGUUUCGUGGAAUCGUGGCAGGAAGAAGAAGAAGAAGAACAAGAACAAGAACAAGAAGUUGCGAGUGGAUGUGCAAAUGGGUGAUGGAAUUGAGAGAAUAGGAACUUAUGCAGGAGAAUCAAGUGCACUUGAAGGUGGCAGUGAUAUGGAACCACAUGAGGGGAUGGUAUUUGAAUCAGAAGAAGCUGGUAGAGCGUUCUAUGAUGAUUAUGCCAGAAAAAAAGGAUUCUUGACUCGUGUGUUAUCAUCUCGGAAAUCUGAGCGUGACGGAUCAAUAAUCUCUCGUGGGCUUGGAUGUAGAGGACUUCCGGACAAUAGAACAAAAAUUGAAAUUCAGAAACAGGGCAGGCAACGAGAUGUUUGCACUGCAAUGAUUUUGCUGAAAAGAGAGAACAAUGGAAGAUGGGUUGUUAGGAAAUUCGUGAGUGAACAUAAUCACCCAUUGGUGGUUCACUUGCAGAAGAGUCGUCGGAUACUUGAUGAUAAAGACAAGAAAAUUCAGGAAUUAACUGCAGAACUACGGGUUAAGAAAAGGUUAAGUGCAUCAUAUCGGGAACAGCUACUUGCUGUUAUGAAAGAUGUCGAAGAGCAUAAUGGAAAUGUAUCCAAUAUAGUUCAACUAGUUUAUGAAAAUCUGAGAAAACUUGAAUCUAAGAGGCAGCAGCCCUUAUGCCGUGGAUAGUUUCUGCGACAGUAAGUACUAAUCCAUUGAACAUUUCCAUACUUUAUUUUAGUUUGUUUGAUGCCAUAUUUGGAUUAGGAAAAUAUUUAUUAGUUUUGAAUAAAGCCAUCAUAUUAGCUGGAAGAAGUCGAAAAAUGAUGUAUCAUCAUUUGGAGGUGGUCGUUAAUGAGAGAUGGUUGUUAGUGAUGGUGUAAAAUUAAACUAGUCUAAUAACAAUAGUCAUUGCCAAAAAAAUGCCUCUAGCUUAUAACUUAGUUUUUCACUUUAGCGAGACUUUAAGGUGUUCGGCAUAUCAAUAUAUUUGUUCAUCCGAGAGAAUUUGUGGGAAACUCUAUGGGAUUUGUCUAAAUUUUGAAUACUUAAUUUAUUUUGAUCUAGAAAUCGUUGUCGUAGUGUCUGACAUUGUUGUGAUAAGACAAUAAACCAUCCUAUCUAGGUACACUGACCAAGAGGUAGACAGAGUGCAGUUGAUGCUGAAUCGUAGGAAGUGUGUGUAGGGUAGCUGCAAGACAUUGACAGAGAUUUUUGUGAUAUCAAAGCUAACAUUAGGCAAUUGAAAGGAAGAUAGUUUGUGUGUACAUUAUGGACGAAGGUACACUACAAGAUGCAAGGCCCUGUUACUACUAAGACCAGUGGUUCAACAAUCUAUGGAGUGUGGACCAAUUGGAUAUUGUAAGACAAGGUAAAUUCUAUUACGUUUUUUUUUUGUUGGUAAGAAUGUAAAAUAGAUUUCUAUUGUUAUGUAACAAAAAUUGAGGGCGGUCAUUUAUGGAUUAUUUAGUUUUUUU